AUGGUGUUCAGCUGGGAGAAGGUUAAUCCAGACGGUGCAGUGGAUCCUCUUCCACUGCCCUUCUCCAUUAUCGAUGAGGUCAUUGAAGACGUCCUGGAAGCGGUUGGCGAACAGGUCGACGCCAUUGAGAAAAGGAAAAGGUGUGCUGAGUAUGAAUUCUCACUACAAGAGGCAGGACCAAGCUCCUUCGUGCAGGUGCCUGGACGGAUAGCCUGUGCCUAUGUGGAGCCCAGAGGGACCGCAAGGAUGGCUGUUGGCACAAGUCAAGGCGAAGCACUUCUUGUGGACACGCGCAAGGGCGAGGUCGUUGCACAUGCUCAUCCUUUUCCGGAGAGUGAGCCAGUGACCUGUGUCUCCCUUUGCUCGGAGUCAGCCUAUCAGGAGAUCUUUGCUGGACCAGGCAUUGACGCUCCAACCUUGCCAUCGCCACCCUUGAAACUUUUUGCUGCUGGAGUGAAUACUCCCAAGAUCCUGGUCUAUGACAUUCAGAAGGAAGCGUAUGGCAUUUUAUUGAAGCCAGCCUGUGCUAUCCAGUUGCCAAAGCCAGAGGAGACCGAGGAGACCGAGGUGGAUCGCCCGGUGAUCGAGCAGCUUCACACGAGGGGGGUCUAUGGCGGUGUUCACGUGGUGGCCCUUUUGCCAGACCGCACGGUGCGUGUUUUUCUUUGUCCCUUGGGGGAGCCUGAUCUGGAGGACGAGGCCAAUGUGGUGCUCGACACGCCCAUUGCAGAGGGUGAUGAGGACGAUGAGGAGGCUGAGCACGAGGCUGGAGGUCCCGAAGAGGAGUUCGCACAAGCUCCACAGGUGAACACAGCUAUGUUCAGCUUGUCCCUGACGCAGCUUGCUCCAAUGCGGCACCUCCCAAUGCCCGAGCUUGACACCAUCACCCUCAUGGUAUUUUCACCUCGACCUCGUGAUGGUGCUUAUGGUGUGGGAGUUUCUGCUGGGCAGGUCCCGACUUUGUGCUUUUCAUCUUCAGUGGAGUCCAACGCUGUCUUGGCACACUUCAUCCCGCCACCGACUCCUCUUGCAGCGCCUGCUGGUCUGGAGCUGGAUGAGCUUUUGAUGAAGGAGAUACCAAAGCAUGGCGUCCUUCCAGACCCAGAGUUCACCAAAAAGCUCCAGCCAAGGAGAAGAUGGAGCAUGCCUGCAAAGGUGCUGGACGUGAGAAAACUGACGGCAAAACUGACGGAUGUGAUUCAUUCUUCAAUUGGCAAUUUUGCUGGUCUUCACAAACUGUCAGACCAGUGCUACAGCAGUGUCUCCAAAUGGAGGCAUUUUUGCCUUCACCCAAGCGCUGAAGAACUCCAGGAUUGA